UUGACGACAAUGGACGCGAAAAUGCAUAAUGGUUACGGAGACAUCGAGGGAAGCAAAACCAGCAAUGACGAAGCAGUAAGGAAUACUGCUUCUUACCAGUUGACCCUGCGUGGUGAACUAUCACUCAAGCGAGAAAUAGUACUGGACUUUACCUGCCUCAAGGCUUGCCUGGAUCCACAGAAGGAGAAAUCCGACGGGGAAGAGUUUGAUUAUGAAGAGUUUCUAAGUCAGGAGCUGUCCAAAGGAACAGCUUUCUCUAAGGUUGAGGUUCUGAAAGUGCGAAACCUUAUAAUCCCUAUCCCUCUAUCGCCCCAGAGUGAAGACUACUAUGCUGACUUGCUGUAUGGGAUAACACAUCUGUCAAGUUUGGUUGAGCUGGAUCUCAGUGGAAACAAGUUGCCAGAGGAGCUCCAAAAGCACUUGACGGUAUUAUUUACUUCCUCAUUUCCUUGUCGACGGUUUAUAGAUUUGAGACUCCGAUACCUGCUGCGCUGCCCUGGUAGCUCAGUAGGUAAGAGUUAUGUGCCUAGCUAG